AUGCGUGUCUGUGGAAUCUAUUUUAUUACGCCCGGUGAUCGUGAUACACCUCUCCCUAUUCUUGCUUCCCGCCUGCGUACCGAAGUCGUCGACCUCACUGCCAACCACACACUCACUCAAAUCUUUUAUAAUCCUUACCCACCAAAGUCUACCAAUGAAGCUCUCGCCAAUCCCAAGGAGGCCAAAUAUACCUUUCCUCUUUAUGAAUCAUCUGCUAUUCGGUCCUUUUCAGCAGAAAUAGGUUCAAAAUUCAUAAACGGGGUCAUCAAGCCAAGGCAGGAGGCCAAAGCCGUAUAUAAUGCUGCCAAAGCUGCAGGGAAGCACGCGGCCUUAUUGGAGCGGAAUACUAGCGAGGUUUUUACCACCAGUGUAGGGAAUAUACGCCCGGGGGAAUUUGUGUCCGUGGUGAUCAAGUAUGUCCAUGAGUUGAAACAGGAUAUUGAGGCCGAGGGUGUGAGGUUGGUGGUUCCUACUAUCAUUUCGCCAAAAUACGGAGAUGCGGAUUUUGCAAACUUUGGAGUGGGUUGGGAUAACGGGUGGAAUAACAUGAGCGCCAAACUUGAAAAAAUUGCUGAAGGAAGCCUCGAGACUAAAGGCCUGGCAAUUGAAGUCAUGGCGACCAUGAAUGGUUCGAUUCGGGGUGUCCAGAGCCCAAGUCACCCCAUUGCUAUCAACAUCGGUUCUCACGAUGCGUCUGGCCAGGGAGAAUUUAACCCGCAGAUGGCUCGGGCAGUGUUAGCAAUUCCAAGUUCAUCAACCACAGGUCUCGAGAAGGAUUUCACUCUGAUCAUUAGCUCUACUGACAUUUCCAUGCCCCGAGCCUUCCUCGCACCUCACCCUGAUAUACCUUCAAAGUCAACCCUCCUGGUCACACUGGUUCCACGUUUCGAGCUCCCUCAGCAGCGGCCAGAGGUUGUCUUUGUAGUUGAUCGUUCGGGUAGCAUGAACGAUAAGAUGGCUACAGUCCGCUCUGCGCUUCACCUGUUCCUGGCCUCUUUGCCAGUAGGCGUGCACUUUAAUAUCAUUUCCUUCGGAUCUAGACACUCAAGCCUCUGGCCCAAAUCCCAACUCUAUAGCGCUGAAUCUUUCGAAGCUGCUAAGAGGCAUGUCGAUGGCAUGGACGCGGGCAUGGGCGGGACAGAAAUGCUUGCUCCCUGUAGUCAAGCUGUGUCAAGUCGACUGAAAGACAUGAAUCUGGAGGUCCUUGUAUUAACCGAUGGAGAUAUAUGGAAGACAGAAGUGUUGUUCGACUUUAUCAACAAAAGCACUUCUACUGGCGACGCGAGGUUUUUUUCCCUGGGUAUUGGUACAAGCGUGAGUCACCUACUCGUUGAAGGAAUUGGCAGAGCUGGAAAAGGAUAUUCGCAAAUUGUCGGUGCAGGGGAUAAUAUGCAGAAGAAGAUCAUGCGUAUGCUCAAAUCCGCACUCACUCCACAUGUCAAUGAUUGGAGAAUCGACUGGGAGGGAAAAGAUGCCAUCAUGUCCUCCUUUUCACAGGAAAACACAGCAGAGCCCACCAUCCAUGCCCCAAUAUCUCUUUAUGACACUUCCAGCAAUCCCGAUGAGGCAAAACCGACAGAGUCCCCCCUCCCUGCACGUCCACCAAUUCUUCAAGCUCCAUCAACCAUCCCAUCUCUUUAUUCCUUCACGCGAACAAGUGUCUACUUCCUCUUGGCGGGCUGCGCAGCCCCGAAGGUUAUUCGCCUCCUCGGCACAGCACACGAUCCCAAUACAAACUCUAUUCACCCCCUCGCACUCAAUAUCCCUGUCGCCACUGUUACCUCAUCCUCAUCGGCCCUCGGUCUUUACUCGCUCCUGGGUCGCAAGCUUUUACAGGAUCUCGAAGAAGAUCGCUGCGGAUAUCUACCCGUCCACUCUCCGCACAAAGACGACGAAGGCACAUAUUUGGGAGUUACGUUUGGGCUGGCGUCAAAAUGGACGAGUUUUGUGGCUGUUGCGACCGGUGAUGGGGACGAAGAAGAGGAUAUUGAACCUAAUGUAUUAACACCCCAAGGCUCAGAUGAUGAGGAACCCACAUCAAAAAGACAUUGCCAGAGCUAUAAUAGCCCUGUGGGAGUACUUACUGGGGCCUUAAGAGUAAGGGCAAGCGGAUCGCUUUCAGCGAAUAUGCGCAUGGGCGCACGCCCGAAGAUCGGAACCCCGUCGUCGUAUUCUCCAGCCCAACAACAACAACAACAACAACAACAACAACAACAACAACAACAGCAACAACAACAACAACAACAACAACAACAACAACAACAACAGCAGCAGCAGCAGCAGCUGCAACCGUUCAAUGCGCAAUAUGUGAGGCGGGCGUCGCGGCGGUACUCCGCGUAUAUUAGCGCGCCCAAAUCUACUAGCACGAUCGAAUCUACUAGCACGAUCGAAUCUACUAGCACGGACGACACACCCAGCGGCAUCAUAGCGAAGCUAUCACGCUUGCAGUUAUUUUCAGGUCACUUUGAGUUUUCACAAGCUUUACUUAAUGUCAUCGGGGUAUCAGAAAAUGCGAUUAAAGGGGCGGGCGACUGGUCUGAAAACGGGGAAGAACCGACCUGGGUGUCAGUUGUUGUAGUUGUUUGGUUACGGAAACUAUUGGCGAAAUAUAACGAGGAAUGGGAAAUGAUGGCAGAUAAGGCGUGGGACUGCGCUAUGAGUGAGCUAGGCGCAGAGAAGGUCAAGAAGAUGGAAGUUGAAGCGGAAAAAAUUGUGAAGGGAAGUACCAGGGUCUUCGACUAG